CACGCACUGUAUGGGCAGUAAUAAGACUGCUGCAUCUCUCCAAUAGCUGCCGGAACACUCCGCACCGCAUACAUGUCUGUGUCUCUGCAGCACACAGGGCACCGCUUCCCCACCACCACCACCUACAGCAGCAGCAGCAGCAGCAACAUCUUCCAGCUCGGAAGGCAGAGACAGACGCGGCCCCAGCCUCACAAAGCUGCGUGACCAGUGUCUUUCAUGUGAUGCUGACAGAGGCCAAAGCAAGCAAAUCAAAACGUGAAGAUGGAAAUAUAUUCGGCUCCUUAUUACUGUGUGAUUAAAAGCAGUGGGACAUGGCACUUUGCGUUGCCAGGCAACAUUCUUUCAAAAAAAUGAAAGAGGGAGAAAAAUCCGGAAUUUGCAGUAAUGGUUUUUUCAGCAAUGCUUACACCAGCUCAUUCUGCAACCUCCUACAGCAACAUCGUUUUUGAAAAUGGCUCCUUUAAACUAACAUCUCCUCAGCCAUCUUGGAGUGGUAACUUGGAUUCCCCACCCCGAUAUAGUCCAGUUGCCAUGACCACAACUGAGACAACUAUUUUUCCAUUGAACAUUUCUACAACUCCGUCAACAAAAGAUUUGGUUGCGACCUUGAGUUUGCCUCUUCAGAUCAUUCUUUCUGCUGUAAUGAUAAUUAUCCUCUUGUUGUCAUUUCUUGGAAACUUUGUAGUGUGUCUCAUGGUCUACCAAAAAGCUGCCAUGCGCUCUGCAAUCAACAUUUUACUAGCCAGCUUGGCCUUUGCCGAUUUACUGCUUUCUAUCCUGAACAUGCCCUUUGCUUUAAUCACCAUUAUCACCGCAGAAUGGAUUUUUGGAGAUGUCUUCUGCAGAGUGUCUGCCAUGUUCUUCUGGUUAUUUGUAAUGGAGGGCGUUGCUAUCUUACUAAUAAUCAGUAUUGACCGGUUUCUUAUUAUAGUCCAAAAACAAGACAAACUAAAUCCGUAUCGGGCAAAGAUUCUCAUAAUGAUAUCAUGGGCGACUUCUUUUUGUGUGGCUUUUCCUCUGGCUGUUGGCAAGCCUCACUUGCAAGUACCAUCUAGAGCCCCACAAUGUGUCUUUGGCUAUACCACACACUCUGGUUACAAAGCUUAUGUUAUACUUAUUGUCUUAAUAAUUUUUUUUAUCCCGUUUAUGGUGAUGCUGUAUUCUUUCAUGGGCAUACUGAACACUGUGCGCCACAAUGCAGUUCGUAUACAUAGCCAUCCAGACAGCAUAUGCCUCAGCCAGGCUAGCAAGCUAGGUCUUAUGAGCCUACAAAAGCCCUUUCAAAUGAAUAUAGAUAUCAGCUUUAAAACGCGUGCCUUCACAACAAUUUUGGUUUUAUUUAUUGUCUUUAUAUUGUGCUGGGCACCAUUUACUACUUACAGCCUGGUUGCUACAUUUAACAGUGACUUUUACAACAAGCACAACUUUUUUGAGAUAAGCACCUGGCUACUUUGGCUAUGCUACCUCAAAUCUGCACUAAACCCAAUUAUUUACUACUGGAGGAUAAAGAAAUUCCGUGACGCUUGCUUGGAUUUAAUGCCGAAGUACUUUAAGUUUUUGCCACAGUUACCUGGCCAUACGAGAAGACGUAUUCGGCCUAGUGCCAUAUAUGUGUGUGGAGAACACAGAUCUGUAGUGUGAAAACAUAGGCUAUAGUUUUCUGGGUGAAUGCAAUUUAAAGUUGUGUGUGACAUAUUUCCUAAGUGAUUAACAUUUUAUUUACCACAAUAUGUAAAUUAAAAACCUUUUACCUUUUAGGAUUUAAGGUAAAUCCAUGUGUGAGAAGUACGCACAUAUAACGUAUGCUGCUACAACUGGUGGAUGUCUUUUUUUUUUCCCUUAACAGACAAAUGUUGCUGCUUUUUUCUAUUAUAGUUGAGCCAAAAAUGUCCUGUAGAUGGGAAUGGCAGGAUAAUUAAUUUUAAAAUAAUUUACAAUAGUAAUUAUGUAAUUAUCAGUCAGCUAUUAUUUUCAUCCCUCAGGCUGAAGGUAAGAAGCAAGCUAGGCUGCCGCAAAGCUGUCUGAGAGGUUGAAUCUCUGUCCUCCAUAGCAUUUGAGCAAGGAUUAUAACCUAAAGGAUGGUUGAAAUAUUUGUGCACUUUAUGAUAGAUUAUAUACAAAAUAAUGUUUUAGGAAUGGUAGUUGGAUGGUUUUGAUACAUACAUGUCAUUUUGGAAAUAUAGCUCACUAGAGAGGAGACACACAUACAUUAAUUAGAAGAUCCUGAAAUUAAGAUUAUAGAGAUUUCAAAGAAGGUUUUAAUCAGGAUUUUAUUAUUAUUAUUAUUAUUAU